UGCAACGUCGCCAGUUGAUAGGCGCAGAGAGAGCCAGCCACACAAGCAUAACCCAACGACUAAAGGGCCAUCCCAAAUUCUGCAUCCUCGCUCUUCAGACACACUGUUUUCUUCACCUCUUUACUACAGGGAAAUUUCAAUAUCCUAUCAAGAAAAGACACACCACUCUCUAAUUUCUACAGGUACAUACAAUUCUUUCAUCUUGUAAUAUGCAUGUGUCUUCUUGAUGAUGUUUCUCCGAACUGAGUUUUCUUAGUUGUCGAAGAAUAUUACGUAUUUUAUCAAUUCUUGGAAAUAUCUUACUGAGAAUUUAAAGUGAAGAGGGUUUUAAAAGAUAGAUUUUUCUGAUUUUGAUAACGAAAUCUGUUCUUUUUGGGGGAAUUCGUGUUAAUGGUGAAGGAUAUAUAAGUGUUACGCAUGGCCUCUUUAGCUUCCCUUGUAAAUUUGGGAAGCGUGAGUAUGAUUUCUUCUGGUCAUUUUGAAGGGUCUGUUUGUUUAGUUAGACGUGUAGCUUUUCGUGGAGAUGGGAGUAAUUUCGUGAGGUUUUUGGGUGGCAAGAGAUGGAGAUAUGUGGGUAUGCGUAAAUAUUCUGUAACAACUAAUUACGUCACGGAACAAGGGACUUCAAAAUCUCUUGAUUCUACACGUAGAGGUAGUAAAGAUAAUGACAUUGAUACAUUUCUCAAGGCGGCACCCAAGCCAAUUUUGAAACCGGUGUCGAAGGUUGAACCCGUUCUUAAUAUGCCUUGGGAUGGAAUGCAACUUAAAGAGGAUUCAGACAAUGAAAAGGCAAGUGACAGUGAGGAGGAGAGGAGUAAAAUAAUCGAGUCACUGGGAGAGGUGUUGGAGAUGGCCGAGAAGCUAGAGAAAAGUAAGCCAGUUGUUUCUGUAAAUAAACCACCAGCGAAUCACAAUGCAGGCCUAAAGAAUGGUAAACCAGUUAACUCUGUGGCCGAUUCAAAUAGCAAGUCUAAGACUUCAAAAAGUGUCUGGCGGAAGGGGAAUCCUGUGGCUACUUCACCAAAAGUUGUGAAGGAACCACCAAGGCCGCCUCAGGCACCACAGAAAAUUCAGCCACAGUUACAAGCAAAACCCUCUGUAGCUCCACCGGUUUCUGUCAAAAAACCUGUCAUCUUGAAGGAUGUAAAUGCAGCUGCAAAGUCCUCUGUUGCUGAUGCAACCAAUUCAACUGCAGCAAUGAAAGAGCGCAAGCCAAUUUUGAUUGACAAGUUUGCCUCUAAGAAACCUGUGGUUGAUCCUCUGAUUUCUCAAGCCGUUUUAGCCCCUACGAAACCUGGGAAGAGCCCUCCACCUGGAAAGUUUAAGGAUGAGUUUAGGAAAAAGGGCAGUCCAUCCGGAGGACUGCGUAGACGAAUGGUUGAUGAUGAAAUGCCUGACGAAGAUGCAUCUGAACUUGAUGUUUCUAUUCCGGGGGCAGCUACUGCAAGGAAGGGGAGAAAAUGGACCAAGGCAAGCCGGAAGGCUGCUAGACUUCAGGCAGCUAAAGAUGCUGCACCUGUGAAAGUAGAAAUUAUGGAGGUUGAUGAAGAUGGUAUGUUAACUGAAGAGUUGGCCUUCAACUUGGCCAUCAGUGAAGGUGAAAUUCUUGGGCAUUUAUACUCGAAGGGAAUUAAGCCUGAUGGCGUGCAAAAGCUUAGCAAAGACAUGGUAAAAAUGAUAUGCAGAGAGUAUGAGGUGGAAAUCAUUGAUGCUGCCCCUGUCAGAGUGGAAGAAAUGGCAAAAAAGAAGGAAAUGUUUGAUGAAGACGAUAUAGAUAAAUUAGAAGAUAGGUCUCCUGUUCUAACUAUAAUGGGCCAUGUUGAUCAUGGAAAGACAACACUUUUGGAUUACAUACGAAAGAGCAAGGUGGCAGCAUCUGAAGCUGGUGGGAUUACACAAGGAAUUGGGGCAUAUAAGGUUCAAGUACCAAUUGAUGGCAAGCCACAAACAUGUGUUUUCCUUGACACUCCUGGACAUGAGGCCUUUGGAGCAAUGAGAGCACGUGGAGCAAGAGUGACGGACAUUGCUGUCAUUGUUGUAGCAGCUGAUGAUGGCAUCCGACCACAAACAAAUGAGGCAAUCGCUCAUGCCAAAUCAGCUGGAGUGCCCAUUGUUGUUGCCAUUAAUAAGAUCGAUAAGGAUGGAGCUAAUCCUGAUCGAGUAAUGCAAGAUCUUUCCUUAAUUGGUUUGAUGCCAGAAGAAUGGGGUGGUGACAUCCCAAUGGUUAAGAUAAGUGCUCUUAAAGGGGAGAAUGUAGAUGAUUUGCUGGAAACCAUUAUGCUUGUGGCUGAGUUACAAGACCUGAAGGCAAAUCCACAUAGGAAUGCUAAGGGAACAGUAAUUGAAGCUGGUCUUGAUAAAUCUAAGGGACCUGUAGCUACAUUUAUUGUGCAGAAGGGCACAUUGAAAAGAGGAGAUGUUGUAGUUUGUGGUGAAGCAUUUGGAAAGGUGAGGGCUCUGUUUGAUGAUAAAGGGAAGCGUGUUGAUGAAGCAGGACCCUCUAUGCCUGUACAGGUCAUUGGAUUGAACAAUGUUCCCUUAGCUGGUGAUGAAUUUGAUGUUGUUGGCUCCCUUGAUGUUGCUCGUGAAAAAGCAGAGUUACGGGCAGAGUAUCUGAGAAAUAAGCGUAUAACAGCAAAAGCUGGGGACGGAAAGGUGACACUAUCCUCUUUGGCUUCUGCUGUUUCAGCAGGAAAGCUUACUGGAUUGGACUUGCACCAACUCAAUAUUAUUCUGAAGGUUGAUCUUCAGGGAUCCAUUGAGGCUGUCAGACGAGCCCUUCAGGUGCUCCCACAAACUAAUGUUACUCUGAAGUUCUUGUUACAAGCAACUGGGGAUGUGAGCACUAGUGAUGUUGAUCUUGCUGUAGCAAGUAAAGCCAUAAUUUUUGGUUUUAAUGUCAAAGCAACUGGCUCUAUCAAGAGCUAUGCAGAUAACAAAGGCGUUGAGAUUCGGCUAUACAGAGUUAUAUAUGAACUCAUUGAUGAUGUGCGAAACGCAAUGGAGGGACUUCUGGAGCCUGUUGAGGAACAAGUGCCAAUUGGUUCAGCAGAAGUAAGGGCCGUAUUCAGCAGUGGCAGUGGUCGUGUUGCUGGAUGCAUGGUAACAGAUGGAAAGAUAGUUAAAGACUCUGGAAUUCGUGUUUUGAGAAAAGGCAAAGAAGUUCAUGUUGGUGUCCUUAGUUCUUUGAGACGGGUAAAGGAGCUUGUGAAAGAGGUGAAUGCUGGACUCGAAUGUGGCAUUGGGGUGGAGGAAUUCAAUGACUGGGAGGAGGGAGAUAGUAUCGAGGCCUUCAACUCCAUUCAAAAGAGACGAACACUUGAAGAGGCAUCGGCCUCAAUGACAGCUGCGCUUGAAGGAGCGGGUAUUGAGCUGUAGAAGAAGAUAUCAAAUCAUAAAUUUGAACCCAGUUGGAUUUUCCCGAAGAAUGGCCAGGCAUUUGACACAACUCAUCAUGGCCUUGUCCUCAUCCUAUUUUAUGCUGCCGAUUAAAGAUGCAGGCAUUCUUGCCCUCGACUCUAUGCUGUUUGGUUGUAAAUAUUCAUAUAUGUUAGGAUUGAGCUUCUUUUUGUAAAGAGCAACAGGUUAAACAUUCAUCUAUUUCACAAAAUUCAAUCGGGAAACAUCCAUUCCUCAUGUAACAGUUCAAGUUCCAUUGUGCCUCUGUAGGAUCAAUUGUAUUCUGUUCAAGAAAAGAAGAAAUAUAUUUACAGUAAGAUUUUUUCCCAAAA